AGACAGCGGUAGGAGGAGGACUCGAGCUCGUAGUGUCCGCCCUCUGACAACUAAAGAGUUAACCGCGUGGUGGGUUUACCCAUUCUCCCACUGUGAGUGACGCGAUCAUCGCUCUUAUCCCUCAACUUUGCCUGUUGCCAGAAGAAGCAGCCGCGGUGGACGCGCUAUCGGCGCUUGUGUUUUUGACGCGAUCUCACGCCGCAGAGACGUUCCUCCUCCACCUUCACGUCUCUAUGUUUCCGCUGACUUUGACUGCUCCGUGCUAUUCGUGACCAUGAUUUUAGUUUCCUGUCCGUCGGACUCCCCGGUGUCAUGCAGUUUACUAAACGAAGGCGUGAGUCUCUUUGAAUAGAGGUGGAUCUUCCCGGAUAACGCGAGGCUUUAUUCACUAAAACAAGAGUUUCACCGAAUCAUCCGGAUCAAAAUGCCAAGAAGGAAACAAGAAGCGCCCAAACGCGCUCCAGCCUAUUCUCCUGAGGAUGUGAUGGAGCAGAGCGUGGACACAGAGGAGGCUCGUGCUGAGGUCCAGUCCCCGGCUCCUCAGGAGGAGCUUUCCACAAAAGAGGAGUUUGAAGAACAGAGUGAAGGCCCAGCCAAAGACCAGGCAUGUGAGCGUGAAUCUGCAGGAGGGACAGAGAUCUGUGGACAGGACAUGGACAGUGAAUCACAUGUGAGUGAGACGAGUGAUCGCCUCUCAGACUUCGAGAGUCCCCCCAGAAAACCUGAGCUGGUCACAGCCCCUUUGAAUGGAGGCGCUAAGACUCCCCCCAUAGGCAUGGACACUCUGGAACAGAUGAAAGCCAUCUACUCCAGCUUUCUCAGCACCUCCUUCUGGUCGCCUCUGAACUUGAAUUCCACACAGUCCCCGACACAGCCAGCCCCCGCUCCCUCUGAAAAGCCCACACGCAGCAACAGCACUAGCAGCAGUAGUAGCAGCAGCAGUAGUUAUGACUGGCACCAGUCCGCUGUGGCAAAAACUCUGCAGCAACAGCCUUCCCAAAGUCGCCACAGCGCUCAGGCAGAGCCCAGUCUGUUCAGUACAGUUCAGCUUCACAGGCAGAACCCAAAGCUGUUUGGGUCCUUGUUUACAGGGGCCAGUAAAUUCCGCUGUAAGGGCUGCAGUGCUGCUUAUGACACUCUAGUGGAACUGACAGUGCACAUGAAUGAGACAGGCCAUUACAGAGAUGAUAACCAGGACAGAGCAGGCCCAGGGUCCAAGCGCUGGUCCAAGCCGCGUAAACGCUCUCUGCUGGAGAUGGAAGGAAAGGAAGACGCAGAGAAAGUCCUGAAGUGUAUGUACUGCGGCCACUCAUUUGAAUCUCUCCAAGAUCUGAGUGUCCACAUGAUAAAGACCAAACACUACCAGAAAGUGCCCUUAAAGGAGCCCAUGGCCCCUGUGGCAGCCAAAAUCAUAUCGAAUAAGAAAAGGGGGCUUGUUGGUUUGGAUCUGUCUUCUUCUCGAACAAAAGAAGAAACCCCUAAACCUAAAACAGAGCAGAGCGAAUCUUCUCAUAAAAAUCCGCCUUCUAGUAACGCUUGGCAGUUUGAAUCUAACAAAUUACAAAUCCUGAAGUGCAUGGAGUGUGGAAGUUCCCAUAACACACUACAAGAACUGAGAAGUCACAUGAUGGUGACGGGACAUUUCCUAAGGGUGACUAGCUCGGUUGGAAAGAAAGUUAAAACACUCCCGGAAGCCACCUCCCCUAAUCCUGCAAGGGUCACAAGUCCCACUGAACAUAGGGUACAAUCUGUCCCUCUUGCCCCGACCACUUUCUCCCCCACGCCCCUCCAGACUCCCCCUGCUACGUCUCCUCCUCUCUUAGAAGUAAAGAAAGAGGAGGUGGAAGAGGAAUGCACUAAACCAGAAAAUGACACAAAAGAAAAGUUUGUUUCAGUCUUGGCUGGAAAGGAGGAGGCUGUGGAGAAAGAGGAGAAAUAUGACAUUUCAAAAUACAGCUAUCUCACAGAAGAAGACUUAAAGGAGAGCCCGAAAGGAGGCGUUGACAUUCUUAAAUCAUUAGAAAACACUGUUACCUCAGCUAUCAACAAAGCCCAGAGUGGAAAUCCAAGCUGGGGAGGCUAUCCGAGUAUUCAUGCAGCCUACCAAUUCCCCAGUGCCCUUAAACUCCAGCAUAGUAGCCUGGAUAAGAACUCCCCAAUUAAGUUUUUGUUCAAUGGAGGUAGCACAGUCCCCUCUAUUGCCAAGAACCAGCCUCUUAUUUCUCCUCCUCUUACACAGUCCUCUCCCUUCUCCAAUAACAACUUCCAAGCAAUGGAGGACCUGGUGAAAAAAGUGUCUGAGAAAGUGGCCAAGGUAGAGCAGAGAGUGAAGCAGUUGUCACCUAAGCUGGAAAACAAUCACUCUCCCUGUAGUAGUGAAACCGGAGAUUCACACAAAGGUGGGGAGUCUCCGGGGGAGUGGAGGGCGGUCACUCCAGCCAAUAGUGACAAGGGAAGCCAUAGCGACCGUGCAUCCCCAGUAACAGAGCCCAAGAGGGAGGCAGAGGUUAAAUCCCCACUGAUUUCUACUCUCAAAAGCAGCACAGCAAUUAUCACCGGCCACGCUCCUCCAGAACAGCCUUUCGUCAACCCUUUAAGUGCUCUUCAGUCCGUCAUGAACAUUCAUUUAGGGAAAGCAGCCAAGCCCUCAUUGCCAAACCAAGAUCCCCUGAGUCUCCUCUCGAGACUCAGCCAGAGCAUGGCCGAGAAAGCCGCAGUCGCCACGCCCCCUUCCCACACCAAAAAACACGAAAGCAUAGCAGACAAUAGCAUCUGUCUGCCCUGCGACGACCAACCGAUGGACCUAACUAAAGGAAAGAGCGACAGGAGCAGCUCCGCGUGCCCCGCCCCUUCCACCCCGUCCUCAACCGCUUCCUCCAUCUCGCCGGCUUCCCUCGUCACCCCGGCCAAGCUCACCGUCGUGUCCCCGUACACUUCCAGCAGCCCCCUGCACGAAAACGCUCUGUCGGAUAUCUCGGACAUGCUCAGAAAUCUCACGCAGUCGAACCACGUCUCAAAACCGCCCUCCCGUCUGAGAAUACCUGAAAAAGUCGAGCUGGUCGGAACCACCCCUGACGACGACGACGCCUCUCUCCACGGCCACAAACGCAAAGGCCGUCACUCCAACUGGAACCCGCAGCACUUGCUCCUCCUGCAAGCCCAGUUCGCUUCAAGUCUCCGGCAAACUUCUGAAGGAAAGUACAUAAUCAACGACUUAAGCCCGCAAGAAAGAAUGCACGUGUCUCGCUUCACCGGUCUCUCAAUGACCACUAUAAGUCACUGGCUGGCCAACGUUAAAUACCAACUUAGACGGACUGGACGGACCAAAUUCCUCAAAAACCUGGAUUCCGGUCAACCCAUAUUCUUCUGUAGCGACUGCGCUUCCCAAAUCCGAACCCCGGCGGCAUAUGUGUGCCACCUGGAAGCUCACUUGGGGUUCAAAAUCAGGGACUUGGCCAAACUUUCCCCGAAACAGCCUGUAAGGGACUCUCACGCUCUAACUGACAAACUGGUGCCCGUGGAGUCCUUCCUUUCAGCGCAGUCUUUCGAUGACUGCAGUAGCAACGGGGCUGUGUACCGCUGCCAACUCUGCGUCCGUAAAUUUGCCACUAAGCACGCCAUCAAGCUUCACCUCAGCAAGAGCCAUGGGAAGUCUCCGGAGGACCAUCUGCUAUAUGUGUGCGAGCUCGACAAACACUAAUGUACCGCAGAAAGAGAAAAUACUAAGGCUCUUUAGAUUGUCUAUAGGGUUAUACAUACAGUGUGAUAAUGCACAAAGAUGCCACAAACUGCUGUUCGAACGUCAGCACAAUGUGUUUACAUGUGUCAAGCCUGUUCGCAUUUCUCAAUUCCAUGUAUUUCAAAAAAAACUAUGUCACUGUCAAAUAUAUCUUGUAGGUGAGAGAUAUCCAGCUUGGUGUCAGCUUUGUUGUUCCCUCACUAUAACUAUCUUAGGCUGAAUCCAGUGAAUCUCUUAUUAAGAAGGCCAGAUAAUAACUUGAAGUAUUUUAACUUAAUUUAUUUUGUAUUUUUGUGACUCAGAUUUGCUGGUAGACUGCAUGUUCUCAAUUGCAUUUGUACAGUCUUGUCUAGUCGAAAUUUCAGAUCCUUUUCAACUGCCCCAAAAUAGCCAAACACCUGGGAGAGCUCCUCGAAAAGUGUUUGCCAAACAAAACUCUUUUGCCUGUUUUUAUAGUUUCUCGAUCUUUUGGUUCUGCUGAUUGUAAAAGCUGCCUUGUUCUUUAUCACUGAGUAAGGGGUGCUCCGAAUCCAGGUUUAUGUAAAAAUGUACAUAUAUAGUGUAUAAGCUUACAACUUAAUGUUUAAAUUAUGCAUAUUUUACUUGUUAUAUUUCCUAAUUUAAAAGGAUGACUAUCCACUGGUGCAGAGCCUUUCAAGAAGAUGACAAAGGACAUUGUUUUGCACAAUAGUUUUAUAAAUGUUAUUUGAUAAAAAACAAAAAAAAAUACAAAUAUGUUAAUGCCUUGUGCUUCUAUGAUUAAAUUGAAUUAACUGCUGCAUAAAA